AUGAGCAACUCAAACACGGACAUUGUAUUGGCAGGCGCAGCCGCUGCCUUCACGAUCGACCUGCUCAUCUACCCUCUCGAUACCAUCAAGACCCGAUAUCAGAGCCAGGACUACCUCAAGACCUUUGCAGCAGAACCCGCUGCCGCCAGACAGUCUCGAGCUACCGUAUUUCGAGGUCUCUACCAGGGCGUGGGCAGCGUCGUUGUAGCCACACUUCCCGCCGCCGGCAUCUUCUUCACGACCUAUGAGGCUACCAAGACAUUCUACUCUACCCUCUUCAAGCAGAAUGCCCUCCUCCCAAAUGGCUUUACCGUGCCCACGCCACUCAUCCACUCCCUGGCUUCAGGCACCGCAGAACUGGCAUCAUGUCUCAUUCUCACGCCCGCCGAGGUCAUCAAGCAGAACGCCCAGAUGAUCCGCUCGAGGGGUGACAGCAGCAGCAGCGGCAAAGGCGCCGGCGGGUGGAGGGGCAGCACGUCCAUCCAGGCGCUACGUAUCGUCUCCCAAUCUGGCGGUGCAUCGGGCGCCGCGCACCGCCUGCUGACAGGCUACACAGCCCUCGUGGCGCGCAACCUGCCGUUCACGGCCAUCCAGUUCCCCAUCUUUGAGGCGGUACGGCGGCAGAUCUGGGAAAGAAGGGACCGAUGGAGCAGGAGGGGGGCCUUGACGCGCGGGCUUCUCGAGACGGCCUACGUCAACGGGGCGAGUGCAGCUGCUUCUGGGGCGGUUGCAGCGGUGAUCACGACGCCGACCGAUGUGGUCAAGACCCGCAUGAUGCUCUCUGCUGGAGAGGAGAAGGCCACCACCGCUCAGGAGCAGACUAGAGAGGCACCAAGACGACAGAAGGUGAGCAGCCUGCAGGUGGCCCGCCUCGUGUACCAGGAGAGAGGCAUACAAGGUCUGUUUAGAGGCGGCCUCCUGCGAGCCGCAUGGACCGCCAUUGGUAGCGGGCUAUAUCUCGGCACAUACGAGGUCGCCAAAGUGUGGUUGAAAGGCACAGCCGGUGAGGAUGAAGAGGACCUUUAAUCAGGCCCACAGCGUUAUCUAAGGAGAACGAAGGCACACUUUGUUGAGGAGGUGGAGGUUGUGCGCAAAGUGCUUCCUAUUUGUGGUCUGCUGUUCCGUGGUUUCCAACGGUAGAUUUCUUUUAGAUUGUAACAGUAACAUGAGGGGCACACGGAGGUGACGGAACGCUCAAGAGAGUUAGUCAAAACCAAAAUCCGACCCAUGUGGUUUGU